CUUUAUCAUAUAUUAUUUAUUAUAUGAAGCAUCGCAAACUGAAGUACUCCCCCCCAAUUUUGGCGGACCUAGGGUUUCUUCUCUGCUCAAUUUUUUUCUUCUUCUUCCGCGGUAAUUGUGAAUUGAUUUCUGCUUCUCGCUCGCCAUUCUUUCGCUCAUUCAUAGAGCGAUGGAUACAGCUUCCCUCCCUCGCAUGCCCGACGAAGGUUCAUCCUCCGACGAAUCGCAGCUUGGGUCCGAUUCGAAGAGGCAGAAGGUCGAGGAAUGCGACCACCCUGAGGACGUCAAGAUUGAAGAAGCAGAAGAAGAUGACAGUGAUGAUGGCUAUGAUUUCGCUUCGUGUUUCGAUUUCUACGUGUCAGUUCUCGACACUGAGGGUGCCGAGUGUCGAUUCCCUGACCAUGGGUUUCGUCACAUGGACCUUGAGGACGCUGAAGAAGAAGCGUAUCAUGUGAGGAAUGUGGAAAUCUGCCAAGUUUGUGAUCCAUGGACAGUACAAAAUGGGGAAUAAGGUGUGUGUGUGUGUCAAGCUCUUUCCCUGCCCCCGGCUCCCAUUUCAGCUAUGGUUCUUGUUUUGUAGAAAGUAAAUGAAUGCCGAUGCCUUGAACAGCUGAAAUUGGUUAGGAUUGAGAAGGCUAGCUCGCAUUUGGUAAAUGGGUACAACUACUACAUCACGUUCUCCGCCGAGACUUGGCCAACUAGGGAAAUCAAGGUGUACCAAGCAGAGGUUUAUUGUAAUUUUAUGGGGAAGAUGGUAGAGACCACCAAUUUCAGGGAGAAACCCCCUCCCCACCAGCAGCAGCAGCCCCAGUCUUCAGGCACUACAAGUCAGCAGGUGACCAUCCGUUGUUUUUUACCUUCGUGUUUUCGAUGUUCCCAGCCAGCAAUCUUGACUAGGAAUAUAAAUAUACCCUUUUGUUUUGUCAUUUUGAUUAUGUACAGGUGCAAGGUUUCGGCUUCUCUGGCUUGAAGGAAAGAAGGAUUCCUACCAGGGUGUAACUUAGGAGUUUGAAGUGUUAGAAGAUCUGUGCUUUCAAUAAUCUAGGUAUGAACUGACCAGUCUCUAGGUUAACUGAUGUGCGGGUGUUUAAGUCGGUGGAUGUGUUUGUAAGUAGCUUUAAGUUAUGGGUGACUCUAGUUAUGCUGUGUUUUACUUUGACGUAAAGCUUAGCUUUGGACUGAGAACUGGUUUCGGGGGAAUAUUCUUCUUCUUCUUCUUCCAUUGUGGGUAGCAAUGAUUCGUUGAUAGCCAUUGCUGUCUGUUUUUUUUUUCUUUUAAUAUAAUUCGACGCUCCCGUGUUCUUUAUAUAUAGAGGGAGGAGGAGAUUAGCAAGGAAACCGCUGGUUUAAUUACACUUUUGGUACCUGUAAUUAUUUUCUUUUGUCGUUAUUAUUGCCAAAUGCUAGGUAGUCUAUAUCUAACUAGAUUUCAAUUUCAGAUAGGGGAGUUCUUAUUAUUCGGUUUAUAUGACAGCUCGUGAUCUUGUUAUUUUUUGGUUUAGGGUGGGUUGUUAUGAUGAGGUGGAUAAUGGUUAUUUUCGAGUGGUCCUCCAUCGUGGGAGCUUAUUGGUGAGUGUUCUGGUGGACUUAUGGAUCCUAGUCUCAUUAGGAGCUUCUGUGACCACGAUGUCUAUGCGCUUUGGAUGGGGAUUACAGAUUGAGAGGUCAUCAAUUGCUACAGUCGUUCAUUGUAAAAAAAAAAAAAAAAUGCUACAGUCGUACAUAGGCGGUUGAGUAUCUGGGUAGCUACGUGUUUACACAUGUUCGUGCGGAGAAUCUGGUUCAGCAAUCAGGUCUCCAGCACUUGAUCUACUCUAUGUUCCGCAAGAUAGCGAUUGACGAGGCUUUAAUCUCAGCUUUUGUAAAGAGGUGGCAUCCAGACACGAACACUUUCCACUUGCCUUUUAGAGAGAUGACGAUCCUCCACGAUGUUCAGUAGUUAUUGCAAAUUCUUAUUGAGGGACGACUGAUGAGUAGGACUUCUGCGCAGAGUGACCAUCCGGAGGUGGGUUUGUGUGCGCUUCUUGGGAUGAACUCGGAUCAGCUGAGUGGUCGGUUGGAGGCCCCUGGAUAUGUUAGUAAGGGUAAGUGGUACGACAUGGGUGGUUUUCUUGCGGAGAUGAUGUCCAGACACUUGCAGGCGGGACACAUGUGACAGAGGCGCAGUCGUACUUGUUGUUGCUGUUGGGGUCCACUUUGUUUGUGGGCAAGAGCAGAGACGGGGUUUGGCCGGUAGUGAACCUAUUUUUGUACGAGUUGGAGGAGGUAGAUCAGUACAUUUGGACGUCAGGUACACUUGCUUGGUUGUACAGAUACCUUGGUCAAACGUCUCGUGCUGGUGCCAGAGGGUGGCUGGUUGUCUAGUACUUUUCGGGUUUUACGCCAUCUCACUUCGAGCCACCCGUUGUUAGACUUAAUGAGGCUUGGGCUUCACGAUGGAUUAGGCAGCCGACACUUGAUUCUGUGGCUGAUCUCAGUGUGAGGUUGACGUUCUACCGUCGAGCUCUUGACAGCUUGACCCCCUUCUGAUGUGUUUUGGACACAUUUCCAUCAGAGGUCUCAUCAGGCAGUUCGUCGCUCUUUGUACACUAGAGUGAUCUGGUUCGCUGAUAUAGGAGAGUUCUAUGAUCUAGCCCGUUGCCUCCGACAGUUUGGAUACCGACAGAUGGUACCGCCUGCCCCUUCACGGCCUCAGCGAGCAGACUGACCAAAGGCACUUGGUGGAUAUGUCAUUCGGACUCCUGAGAGUUUUGAUGCUGCAUGGGAUGCUCUGCUAUCCCACAUGGUUCAUAUAUACAUGUACUCUCAGCCCUGGACGACGUAUCCAUAUGAGACUAAGAUCGACUAUCUUGAUUGGUUCGUGGCGCACUCUCAUUGUAGAGUCCUGCAGGAUGAUGGAGAUGCUGAUCGACUAGUUGACUCCGCAGCGAUAAGAUUUGACCACAAGAUCAUUAGUCUAUUAUAAAUAUACUUAACAUGAAACU